UCCACUCGCGAUAAUUAGUCUCGGACUUUGCUGACACGCCUCUUGUCGGGUCUGCGGACAUUGCGUCGUGUAAUGCAAUCGCGCGAAACACGUUUCGCCUACCUCCUCGCCGUGCCUCGCGAGACACCGAGGCAACGAACGACAGUAUCAGUUCGUCGCUUCGCGAGCUAACUUCUCCGUUUACUCGUUAAUUCCGACCGAUGCGUCUCCAUCGACGACUCAUUUUCGCAAAAUUCCAACUCAUGUUCUACCGAAAUUAUCGUAAGACGUUGAACAUGCAACGAAAUUAUUACGCGGAAUGUUUUAAAGCGACUUUGAAAACAAAGACACUGCGACGCUCGUGAAACGAUGGCGCGAUAUAAAAUAUAAUUUGCGAGGAUAUAAAUCGAAAAUGAAAAGUGCGAAUGCUGAAUCUUUAAAAAAGGAAAAAUUUUAAAGAACGAUCUCGCGACUAAAUAGAACCUAUGGCCAAUUUUUUAUACGACGAUUCGUAUAUAGAUCAAAUUACGGAAAAACCGUGUCUCCGUCCGAAAAUAAAAACAGGAAUUGAAAUUUCGCACCAUCGAAAUUUGGAGCCAAUUGCCGCAUGCGCAACGGUAUUACGAUUCUGUGUCGCGAUUGGAUGUUGCCAUGGUAACCGAUGUAAACUUUCGUUCGCCAUUUUAUCCGGCUUCAGACGUAACAAGGUUAGACAAGUACGUAUCUAAACGAGCAAUUAUGAUAAAGAUAUUGUCUCUGCAUGAUUUUGAUUCCCCUUCUGCCGAUGAUUUGGCUACUGUUGCGCUUAUAGAGGACGUUUUACAUUAUUGCGAUUAUGAUAAUCUGACCAAUGAAUUACAACCUUUUACCAAAUAUCUGCGAGAAUAUCCAGAAGUUUCUAUUACUUCUGAUAUUCUCGCUACACGCGAAACGGCACGGACAGCUUGUGCCGGUGAUUUGUUUUUACCAGUUCAUGAUAGCAUCUUUAGAAAGCUGGCUAGUGUAUGCAGAGAGAAAGGAUUCAUCGAUGCUGUUUGUCUGGCUGCGUCUGCAGAACCGCAAGAAAUUACACCAGUCUUGCAUUUGAUAGCUACGAGGCUUAAGUGGAUGUUAGAUUUAUUCGACAAAGGAAUAUAUCAGAAAGAAACUUUACCUACUUCUGGAUCUGGAUCGGUCGCAGAUGUUGUUCACACAAGGGACUGGGAAACAUCUUUGGCCAGGUGUAUCUCAUGGCAUCCACAUUGCUCACGCCUAGCAGUAGUUACAUGGGAUGAUCGUAUACGUAUAUUUUCUCAUGGAACACCGAUAAUACCGAUUUUAAGGCACAGCGCUCAAAAAUCUGUUUGUUGUAUAAAUUGGAGACCACUUGCUGGCAAAGAACUGGCAGUAGCGUGUCACGCAGGUGUCUUAGUUUGGACGAUAGAAUUAGGAGCAGCCAGUAAUAUUCUUAGUCAUGCGGUGUUACUAAAACAAAGAAAUCACGCUCCUGUAACAAGCGUUAUAUGGCAUCCGCAGGGUGAUCUGUUGGUAUCUUGUUCUCCAGCUGAUACACGUAUGAUUAUCUGGGAUACUUCUAAAAAAGAAGGUGUACCAUUGAGACGAGUCGGAGGUGAUGGCCUAUGUUUCGCUCGUUGGUCGACUUGCGGUUCUCAUUUGUUUUCAGCCUCGUGUAGAAAUAUAUUUAGAGUUUGGAACACAGGAGUAGCAACGUUAUGGCACGCAGAUAAAUGGACAGUGCCUAAUGGUCGUGUGGCUGUUGCGUGUUUCGGUCCUAAUUUGACUCUGUUGUUUGCAUCGAACGAAGACCCUGCCAUAAUCUUUUCUUUACCUCUGCAAGAAAAUAUUUUCGAUGUUAAGAAGCCUUCUCUUGACGACGUAAAAAUGGCCGUACCUCUGAUAGAUUUAACAAGAGUUAAUUUUUCGUUGGAUGACGGUGACAGUUAUGUUACUGUCGGUGGAAGAAUAACUGCAAUGGAGUGGGACCCUACAGGAAGAUAUCUUGCUAUCCUCUUCCAGGACAGCCCGUACAUCGCAUUGAUUAAAACCAAACUAAGAAAUCUGUCACGUGUGAUUGACGUUAAACCGAGUUGUCUUAUAAAGGGAUUUCCGGGCGAAGUUCCUAAUUGCAUGGACUUUUAUCAAAAGUGUGAAAAAGAAUCAUCAGGCAAUACAAUUUGUUUAACAAUUGUAUGGAGUAGCGGUCGUAUCCAACACUUUCCAAUAAUCGAGAAGGGAACUGCUCCUGUUACGAAUACGAGUACUACUUCAGUUUUAUCGCACUCAUUGUUAAGGCACGAUACGUACAAUUUCGAUUUGACUGCCAUUUACUGAUUACUGAUCGAUUGUUAUCUUAUCGAGCAAGAGCUACGAGAAUUUUAUCUUUAGUUUCUUUUAUUUGUUAACGUUUAUAUAAGGGUCCAAAUAUUUUUGUUAAACGUAGUAUAAAAGAGCAAUAAAUCGUUCGUUCGUAUAGAUCA